CCUCUCAGCUUUUAUGAUGAAUAGUCUUUUCACUUAUGUCCUCAUCAAAUACUGUCCGUUACUUCCAAGCUGGAUUUGGAGUCCUAGUCAAUAUGUUUCUCCUUUUUUUCUAUACUUUCAUAAUCCUAGGUCACAGACCUAAGCCCAUGGACCUGAUCUCCUGUCAACUGACCUUCAUUCACAUAAUGAUGAUCCUCACUGGAGGGGACAUUUUAUUUGCAGACAUAUUAGAGUCACUAAAAUUUGGGAAUGACGUCAAAUGUAAGACAACGUUUUACAUAAACAGAGUGAUGAGAGGCCUCUCUAUCUGCAUCACCUGCCUCCUGAGUGUGUUCCAGGCUGUCACCAUCAGUCCCAGUACCUCACUGUUUGCAAAAUUUAAACAAAAACUAAAAAAAUACAUGAUGUAUGCUUUUUUCUAUCUUUGGUCCUUCAAUUUGUUAUUCAGUAGUAGGUGGUUCUUCUAUGUUGCUGGUUUUACCAAUGUGAGUGAGACCCACCAGAUGAAGGUCUCUAAAUCUUGCUUACUCUUCCCCAUGAACCACAUCAUCAGGGGAUUGAUGUUAACAGUGGUGAUGUCUAGAGAUGUGUUUCUUGUAGGAAUCAUGAUGACCACAAGUGCAUACAUGGUGAUUAUCUUGUUCAGGCAUCAGAGGCAGUGCAAGCAUCUUCAUGGCAUCAGCCACCAGAGAGCAUCCCCUGAGAAAAGGGCCACCCAGACCAUCUUGCUGCUGGUGAUUUUCUUUGUGGUCAUGUACUGGGUGGACUUCAUCAUUUCGUUCACUUCAAUCCUGUUAUGGGUAUAUGACCCAGUUGUCCUGACUGUUCAAAUGUUUGUGAUGAAUGCCUAUCCUACAAUUACUCCUUUGGUACAAAUCAGUUCUGAUAAAAGAAUAAUUAAUGUGCUGAAAAACUUGAAGUCAAAAUGACACCAUAUGUUUUAAAUGAGGUAAUUUUUCUCAUCUUUAAAAAAAGAAAUUUAUUACUUUUAUUUAUAACUAUAAAUGUUGUGCCAUCAUAUAUG